AUGUGGCUUUCCGCAAUUCUUUUCUCUUUUUUCCUCACACUCACUUUCUGUGAGGAGAAAAAGGACACCGACAUGGGACCUAUCGUGAGAGCUCGCUUAGAGGUUUGUUAAUUAUAAAGGUUUAUCAGUUGUAUUUGUUUUGUUGAACGUGUUUUUAAUAAGUUGCAGUUCGCCCAUCUCAGCCAGCCGGCUUUUUAUUGCUUUUCUCUUCAAACUCCUUUGUUCUUACCCAUCUGUCUUAAGUUGCAGGUCAAAUUCGAUAGAAUUCAAAGGGGAAGUCGGUAUUCUUAAACGUGUUCCAUACGUAGUUGAGUCUUCUGGUAUAAAUUGUAAACUUUGUGUCCCUAGUUCAUCCUGGCGUGUACCAGCGUGUACUACACGUGUCUGCUACAAAAUAAACCUAACGCAGUACAGCUCAGUUAUUUUUAAAUCGAUUUAUGUAAGUGUUAAAACACAGUGCUCUUUUUGGGAAAAAAUAAAAUGGGCAUGGGUUUACAUUAUUGCCCGUUUUUUGCUGUUAAUUGUUCAGCUAUUAAAACUGACGUGGCAGAUGGAUAUGUUAUCGUUCCUUCUUCCUUGUGUCUGUAUUGACUUAAGGGAGGGAAUGGUGAUAGGGGUCAGGUAAGAGGGGGAAGGGGUGCAAAAUUCAACAAAAAAGAAUCGAUCGGGGCCGCAUGAAUCACCAAAAACUGACUCCUGUAUGUAUACUGAGACCUUUACAGGUUAAGAAACUAAGACGUUUUCACCAUUCAAAUGUACGUGUUUGUGGCUAUGGUUAUUCUUUGGUAUUAAACCUAUGCAAUGAGGAUGAGUCAUUGCUCUGACGAAGGAGAAUACAAACGCUUUUGACGAGCUGAAAGUAAUCUCUGAUUACUACUAGAGUCAAGGGUAAUACCAUGUUUAUGUUGGGUUUCAAUUAUAUUUCCUUGGGUUUAAAGGUACUUUUCCUUGUUUUUGGGUAUGGUAAUUUCUGAUGUUGAGUUUGAAACAAAGGAACAUGAAAUUUUAAACCAUGGAUAGAACUGUACAACAACAUACACACUAGAAGAAUUGUACACACUGCAGGUACACACUGCAGGUCCCUGUAUACCCUUGUGCACCAAUUAAUAUGUUGUGGCUCAAUUUUUUCCGUGGUUUCAACUUUCCUUUCCUUGUUUCAAACUCAUCAUUCAUUACCAUUCCCUAAAAAAAUAAAGACCUUAAUUUGCUACUAAGUUACCAAUUCUCCUCUAUGGCAUUCUCCAUGAUGCACUUUGUUCCCCCCCUUAAAUUUUGCAUGAAGUAUUGUUUUCAAUUUCCCUUGUGAUUAAUGAUUGCCCCUAAAGAUAUUGAAAACAAUAUUUAUGGAAAAUGUUGUUAUAAAAACUACUGUGAGAUUACUAACCUACAUCCUUUUGUUUUAUUCUUAGACCUGUGGUGGAUGACGUUUAAAUCGUCUUCCAGAGGUAGGAUGUAAUUUCCCUGCAAGAAGAGGUCUCAUGGUGAGAUGAAAAUGAGAGGAAGGGGAGAGACUCUCUCAGCUCUCUCUCCUUUCAUUUUCCUCUCGCCAUGAAAGACCUCUGCUAGCAGGGAAGGAUGUAAUGAGUCAAUGAAUCCAAACAAUAUUUUUGAAUAGUUUGUCAAACUUCUGGACAUUAAUUUGUUAUUGUGUCAGUAGUUUAUGUUUCCUUGUAUUGCUAAGCAGUGCUAUUUUCCUAAUUUAACCCUAGUAUAGGCAUUUUUAUGAAUUAACUGCUUGUAAAUCUUAUCAAGGGAAUAUAAUAGCAUGAUAUCUUCACACAUAAAAAUAGCAUGUUAUCUUUGUACAUGAAAAGAUCGUCACUGCUAUGGCUAAAUGAUAAAUAUUAUUGCACUUUUCACAGCAAAAAAAAUAUUCAAGUGAAAUGGUUCGUAUUUCAUUGGUGUUUAUGUAAUACGUAGAAAAUUGCCUCUCCACUCAGCCGAGUGAUAUUCUUUAAGUAUGACACAUUUUUGAAAUGUCGCUUAUAAACACAGGUGAAGGCCUUCAUUAGAAUGCUAUUACCUCACUAGUAUCCUUUUAUGAAUAACAACGAGGGAAAUUUUCUCUUUAAAAUUUAAUUUUGCUUUUAUUUUGCUUAGCAUCUACAUGUUAGCUCUUGCCUAUAUUUUUAUGUUUUAAAAGCGUGCUUUUUAAGGCUAUAUCACUGAGUCAAAUUUCACAUCAAUUUUGUCCAUGUGAAGGUCAUGUACCACACAGGAGACUGCAUGGUUGAGGGGUUAGAGUGCUGGACUUGUGAUCCAGAGGCUCUGAGUCCCGUCCUGACCACUAGUGGAUUUGUUUUGGUAGUACCAAGUACAACUCCUCAGCCACACUCUUAAAUUAGCCAAGUGGUAUGCCUCUUAACAGCUGGGAUUCUCAACCAUGUUAUGUUCCAUUUGACUUAAUUGUUUCAUUAUACCUGGAAAGCGCCACGAGAAGAGAGGAUAAUUUUUAAGUAUUUAAUUUAAUUAAUAAAUGUAUUAAUCCAGGACUGACUUUAAGUCAUUGUGAUUUAUUCAUUUGUCAAAAUAUUUAUUGUACCUUACAUAAUCCUUAAUUCUUUGAAGCCAUGAUGUUAACAUCAUGUAUAUUCCUGGCAAAGACCCAGCUAUGGUGUUCUUGAAUGCCAAGAACAAGGUGGUACUGGUAUGUAUGCCAUUCAGUUCAUAUCCUUGUCACUUAAAUUGUAUACUUUGCAGCUACUUUCCCUUGUCACUUAUCAGGCAAUGGGCUCUUGGUGUCAUAUAUUUUGUGGCUUAGUACCAAAAAAUUUAGUGGCUAUUUUGCAAAUCGACUCCAUUUUGCCAUGUGUCUGUUCAGUUAUUGGACUUAGAUCACAGAUUAUGUUAAGAUGUUGUUACAAAAAAAAGGGAGCCUUGCAGAGGAGCAGGUGGAUUUUGCCGACAGCUUGCUCUUAUAUAAAACCCUAGCUUGGAUUGGAAACUGUUUUGUUUUUCCUCACUAGUACACAUAGGAUAGGACUGGAAAAAUGUCCUGUCCAGUAGUCCAGGACAAGUAGAUUUUCAGUCAUUUUACAGAAAAAAGUUGCUGGGUGCCCCUGACAGCUGCACUCGCUAUGAUCAUAGGGUUCCAAAAAAGUCCCAUCCAGUAGUCCAGGACAAGUAAAUUUUCUCGCUGGGCAAGUAACUUUUAAAGCUUGCUUGCCCAAUAGGCAAGGGACCAGGCAAGUCAUCCUCUAACAAAAUUAUAGACUAAGACAAGCAAGAAGUAUCCUCAAGCAAGUUUGCCUAAAAGACAAGUUGGAAGUCAAGUUUUUUUUCCAAGCCCUGAAGAGGCGAAUCCGUGUACUAUUUUUGGUGUUUGUUUUUGUGUUCUAGGAAGAAGAUGUCUCCGAGAAAAGUAAAGAAGAAAUCUAA